CAGCAGUUACAUCGCGGUCAGAGCUGGGGUGCAAUUUCUUCUCGAGUCCUGGUCUCGUAGUACGAUUAAUGACCAAUCUGUGUUCGCCCGACUUUGGUCUGACUGGGUGAUAAAUGACCCAAAGCGCUGCUUGAGUUUAGUCGAAGGGGUAGAAUUGGCUUCUGAUGAAUCCCUCGCUGCUUCCAGAUUAAUUUACAGCGAGGGACUGGCAGGACUGCAAUCUGUUUGCCAUCGAGUCAAGCGUGAAACGGCAAUGUCACGUUCUGGGAAUACCAGCGAAAUAAAUAGACAGCAUCUAUGGUUUGCCGGGGCUCGAUCUCCCUCCUCGUUUGAGGCACUGGCGCCACGGCUGAUGCUCUAAGUUUUUGGGUCAGUUCAGGGUCGGGUCGGGUCGAGAGCAACUUUUCCCGCUCCAAGCUGCCAUGUCCAGCCUGGACUUCAGGGACGUGGAAGCGUUCCUGGACCGCCACCCCGAGCUCUUGGAGGACUACCUGCUGAGGAAGGGCCGGCGGGAGUCGGUGAGCAAGUGGCUGCGGGAGCGCCAGGCUGGCGGCUGGGCGGCCGAGGGGCAGCAGAGCCUGCCCCGGGAGACGGGCUGCAGCCCCCGGCGCUCGUCCCAGAAGGAGCUGCGGAGGAGUUUCGCCCGCUCCAGGGCCGUGACCUCGCACCGGACCUGCGACGAGCACUCCUCCCCCUCCGGCAGCGGCAGGAGGGCUCUCCUGAGAAAAGCCAGCUCCUUGCCCCCGACCGCCGCCCACCUCCUGAGCGCGCUGCUGGAGUCCCGGGUGAACAUCCCGCAGUACGCCUCCGCCGCCACCGACUACAAGCGCAAGCUCAAGGACUCCAGCGAGCGCGAGUUCUUCCUGGAGCUCGUCAAGGACAUCUCGAACGAGCUAGACCUCACCAGCCUGAGCUACAAGAUCCUCAUCAACGUGUGCAUCAUGGUGGGCGCGGACCGCUGCUCGCUCUUUCUGGUGGAGGGGCCGCCCCACAAGAAAAAGUUGGUCUCCAAGUUCUUCGACGUUCACUCGGGGACCACGGUAGUGCCUUCCUGCAGCAUGGAAAACUCCAACGAGGUGCAGGUACCCUGGGGGAAGGGAAUCAUUGGCUACGUGGCUGAACAUGGAGAGACAGUCAACAUGCCUGACGCCUAUGAGGAUCAUCGAUUUAGUGAUGAAAUUGACAAGUUGGCGGGUUAUAAGACGAAGUCCAUUCUGUGCAUGCCGAUCCAGAGCUGUGAUGGGGAGAUUAUUGGGGUAGCACAAGCCAUCAACAAAAACCCUGCAGGAGUCCCUUUCACCGAUGAUGAUGAAAAAUUGCUGCAGAUGUACCUGCCAUUCUGUGGAAUAUCCAUUUCGAAUGCAAAACUCUUUGCAGCAUCCCGGAAGGAAUAUGAUAGAAGCAGGGCAUUGCUGGAGGUUGUCAAUGACUUGUUUGAAGAGCAGAUAGAGCUAGAGAAGGUUGUUCGGAAGAUCAUGCAGAGAGCUCUGACCCUGUUGCAAUGUGAACGAUGUUCUGUCCUCCUGCUGGAAGAUAUUGAAUCUCCUGUGGUGAAGUUUUCAAAGACCUUCGAACUGAUGUCCCCACUGUGUUGUGCAGACAGUGAAACCAGCAUGGAGAAAUUAUCCUGCUCUGAUUGGCUGGUAAACAACAGCAUUGCAGAGCUGGUAGCAUCGACAGGCCUGCCGGUGAAUAUCAGUGAUGCCUAUCAGGAUCCUCGUUUCGAUACUGAGGCAGACCAGAUGUCUGGUUUUCACAUUCGCUCAGUGUUGUGUGUUCCCAUCUGGAACAGUAAUCAUCAGAUCAUUGGAGUUGCUCAAAUUCUUAAUAGGCUGGAUAGAAAAACGUUUGAUGAUGCCGAUCAAAGGCUCUUUGAGGCCUUUGUCAUCUUCUGUGGUCUUGGCAUCAACAAUACAAUAAUGUACAACCAAGUGAAGAAAUCCUGGGCAAAGCAAUCAGUGGCUCUUGAUUUGCUGUCAUACCAUGCAACAUGCUCAAAAGUAGAGGUCGAUCGACUGAAGGCUGCAAAACUUCCUGCUGUGAGUGAGCUGGGAAUCGAUAGUUUUCACUUCAGUGAUUUUUCUCUCGAUAAUGAUGGAAUGAUCACAGCAUCAUUAAGGAUGUUCUUGGAACUAGGGAUGGUACAGAAAUUCAAAGUAGAUUAUGAGGUUCUGUGUCGCUGGCUGCUCACUGUGAGAAAAAAUUACCGUGCAGUUCCAUACCACAACUGGCGUCAUGCAUUUAAUGUUGCUCAAUGCAUGUUUGUAAUGAUUACAACUGCUGAUUUUCAGGAAAUUCUGUCUGAUAUCGAAAUCCUUGCUUUGAUGGUGGGUUGUCUGUGCCAUGACCUUGAUCAUCGAGGGACAAACAAUGCUUUCCAGGAAAAGAGCGGAUCAGCUUUAGCACAGCUAUAUGGGACAUCAGCCACUAUGGAGCACCAUCAUUUCAACCAUGCUGUAAUGAUACUGCAGAGUGAGGGACACAACAUUUUUGCCAACCUUUCAUCCAAAGACUACAGCAAUUUGAUGCAGCUGCUAAAACAAGCUAUCCUAUCUACUGACCUCAUGCUUUAUUUUGAGCAGCGCACAAAGUUCUUUGAGUAUGUAAUGUCUGGGGAACAAAACUGGUGUCUUGAGAAGCACAGAGAAAUGUUGAGAUCUAUGCUGAUGACAGCGUGUGAUUUAGGCGCAGUUACAAAACCUUGGCAGAUCUCGCGGCAGGUAGCUGAAUUGGUAACCAGUGAAUUCUUUGAACAAGGGGACAGAGAGAGGGUUGAACUGAAGCUAACACCAGCUGCUAUCUUUGACCGAAACAGGAAGGAUGAGUUGCCGGGGUUACAACUGGAAUGGAUUGAUGGGAUCUGCAAGCCACUGUUUGAGGCACUGGCUAAGUUGAAUGGAAAGGUUCAACCCUUGGUGAAUGGAAUCAACUCAAACAGAGCUAAGUGGGAGGAGCUUUACACAAUGUACUGCCGGUCCCAUGGUGUCGCAGAUGCUGCUAAUUGCACACUGAAGAUUGAAGCAAUCAACUAGUGCAAUUCAGACCUUAACAUGUUCCUGGCCUGACCUUACACUACAUUAGAUGGUUUGGUCCUCUGGCAGAUGGAAUGUUAAUGAUGCAAACUCUGAGAGUUAUCAAUAUUACUUUGGUCACAGAAUGAAGCUUCAGCGACAUUAUCAUAAGUCCCAUCUGCACAGACACUGAAGAAAAGGUGUAAAGUCAUUUUGCUCUCUGUUUUGAUCUUGCUUAUUGAAUGAAGAUCAGCACUGCAACUAUUCAGCAACAAAAAUUCACAAACACCAGAUAUGGACCAUUUCACAUGUGUCCCAUCAUACAGUGCUGUGUUUGAUACCUAAGAGCAUCCAGUAAUUACAGCAGUGAUUAAAAUCAUCAUCUGCCAUCUGCUGUGGCAACAUUCUUUCGGUGCCUCAAAAAACUUAUUGCCUAGACAGCUUUAUUAAAUGAAUUCUAGUUAAAUCUGUUGGCAGCAGGGUACGCUGUCAGACUGACAAUAGCUUACGAAUGUUCAAGGCACGGUGCUAACCCAACGAGAAACUGCUGUCAAAACAGAGCAUUGUGGGAUAAAUCCAAGGGGUUCCAUUUGAAAUGUCACCCUUGAGACACUUCUGAAUAUUAACUGAAGCAUCGUUUCUCAUCAGUUUUCUGGGUCUUUGAUC